AUGACAGACAUCUCAGAUGAUCAGGUCGAUGAGCUGCUGCACAAGGCUGAGCAGCGUCUGAAAGAUGGCUCUGCUUCUGCUAUCGUUUCAACCAACACCUCCAAUGCUGUAGUCGCUGGCGACGCCGCGACAACAAAAAAUGUCAAGCAGCAAAAAUCUUCUGACAGCAGCAGCAAGAAAGAUGGUCUGACUGUUCGAGCACCACCUCAACCGCAAUUGGAACUCAAGGCCAAGGAAAAGUCUACCGCAGGCCCUGAAUGGUUCGAUCUUCCCAAGACGAACAUGACCCCCGAGUUCAAGCGAGAGUGGCAAGUCCUCCGCAUGCGAGGCAUCCUGGACCCCAAGCACCAGAAGAAGGCCCUCCGCGCGAGCGCCCCCGAAUAUUCGCAGGUCGGCGAGAUCAUCGCCGGACCGACCGAGUUCUUCAGCGCGAGACUCACGCGCAAGGAGAGGAAGAAUACUCUCCUCGAGGAGGUCACACGGGAUCUUGAUAGUCACAAGUUCACCGACAAGUACGCUGGUAUUCAGAAGCAAAAGACCAGCGGAAAGAAGGCUUUCUACAAGAACGUUGUAGCGCAACGUCGUAAACGUAAUUAA